AUGUCACCAAAAUUCAAUAGGAAAUAUAGUGGUUCCAUAACCUGCAGGUAUGCUUUUGGAUACGACCCCAAGAUUAAUAAUUACAAGGUAGUAAGAAUUGUAUGUCCUUCUAAUGCUGACACCAUGGUUUCUGAAGUUGAGAUUUAUACACUGGGUUCAAAUUCAUGGAGAACAAUCAGAGAUACACCUUACAAUAUUCUAGGUAGAUUACCGGGUGUAUUUAUGAAUGGAGUUAUACAUUGGUUAUCCAACCCUUUGCCAAGUAGAUCAAACAGCAAGUUCUCACAUGUUUUACUUUCUUUUAACAUGUCAGAAGAAGUUUUUCUUGAAAUACCAUACCCGGUAAUUUUUGAGAAGUUUGAACAUGUAAGCUUAGAUGCAUUUAAAGGGUUAUUAUGCAUGCUUUGUUGUCAUUCUAAUGUUGGUUUUGAGAUAUGGGUGAUGAGUGAUUAUGGAGUUACAGACUCUUGGACCAAACUCUACACCAUUGCAAGAUUGAAAUUAUUUGAUACUGUUGCAUUUUUUCGGCAGUUAAGGCGCAUACAAUCGGUAAGAAAUGGGGAAAUAAUCUUAUUAGAGAUUCAAAUAGAUUACGCCUAUGCAGCUUUAGUUUUUUAUGACCCAAAACAUGAAAAGGCUCGAGUCAUGGAGAUUGAUCCUAAAGAGCAAAAAGGAUUUUCUUACCCAAAUGGUCGUCUAGAAAAAAAGUGCUAUACAGUGACUUAUGUGGAGAGUUUAGUCUCACUUCACUCAGGUUACCAUGUCGAAGCUGAGAAAAAAGAAGGCUCGGACUUCAGAUGA